AUAUAUUGCACUAGCUAUGGUAUAUGAGCCCUGCAGAACUUGUUUUAAUUUAUUAAAUCACAAACUCGUGUAAACGCCGGUUGUGGACAAACCCACUUUUACAUGUAGCGUAACGUUUACCGACUUCCUCUAACGGUUCCACCUCCUCUCUACCUGUGCACGGGGCGUGUUUAACAUCUGAAGGAGCCUCGUUCAUUCCUGGUUCAUUCCACUUCAAAAGACAUUUCUAGGAAUAGCUCUCCGGCAGAAAACUUUGAAUAAAGAACAGGGCCAUGACCACAGCCGCAGAGCAUGGAGAAAAAUCAUGGGAGCUGUCCGUGCAGGUGGAUCAAAAAGAUGGAGAUGAGUCCAUGAAAUUUAAGCUGAGGGUGAAGGGAGACUUGCACGUUGGAGGCCUCAUGCUUAAGCUGGUGGAGAAGAUCAAGGCUCCUCAAGACUGGUCAGACCAUGCCCUGUGGUGGGAACAGAGGAAAUGCUGGCUGCUCAAAACCCAUUGGACCUUGGACAAGUAUGGAAUUCAGGCUGAUGCUGACCUGCGCUAUACACCCCAGCACAAAGCCCUGUUGCUGCAGCUCCCCAAUAUGAAAACCAUCAAAAUGACCGUCAGCUUCUCCAGUGUGGUCUUUAAGACGGUGGCGGAGAUCUGUCGCAUACUCAACAUCAGACGAUCCGAGGAGCUGUCCCUGCUGAAGCCUCCAGACGAUCCCUCCAAGAAGAAGAAGAAGAAGAAAGACAAGAAUUCAGCAGAUGAUGACAUCUGGGACAUUGAUUUACUGAGCGGGGGGCCAGGAGGCACAGGCCCCAUGUACAGUAAGACUAUGACAGCCACCUACGACCCAGAGAACGGGAUGCCGGUGUCUGCCACAAGCCUUUGGUUUGGAGAAAACCCUCUAGCCGACUCCCAGCCAAACCUGCCGCCUGCUGAGCUGGCCAAGCUGUACCAGCCGCUCACGCCAGUGGACAAAGCAAUCAACAAUGCAGGGUGGUUGGACUCGUCUCGUUCUCUUAUGGAGCAAGACAUCCAAGAUGAAGAAAAGCUAUUGCUUCGCUUCAAGUACAAUGUCUUCUUUGACCUUAAUCCCAAAUAUGACGCAGUCCGAAUAACCCAGCUGUAUGAACAAGCUCGCUGGUCCAUCCUGCUGGAGGAGAUAGACUGCACUGAGGAGGAAAUGCUGAUGUUUGCUUCAUUGCAGUACCACAUUUGUAAACUGACCAUGUCAAGUGAACCACUGGACCACUCCAACGAACCAGAAAUAGAUGAAGUGGAGGCUGCCCUGUCCAACUUGGAGGUGACGCUUGAAGGCGGACACACAGACCGAAUUCUGGAAGACAUUACAGACAUUCCAGAGCUGGCAGAUUCCCUCCGGCUGUUUAGGCCCAAAAGACUAUCGCUGCGGCCGUACAAAGAGUACUGGUUUGUAUUCAAGGACACCACCAUCUCCUACUACAAGAACAAGGAGACCUCCAAUGGAGAACCCAUAGAGCAGUUACACCUCCGAGGCUGUGAGGUAGUCCCUGAUGUCAACGUGACAGACAAGAAGUUCGGCAUCAAGCUCCUGCUCCCGGUUGCUGACGGGAUGAACGAGGUGUACAUCAGAUGUGACAAUGAAACACAGUACGCCAAGUGGAAAGCUGCAUGUAUCCUGGCCUCCAAGGGCAAGACAAUGGCCUACAGCUCCUACAAGUCAGAAGUGAGGAACAUCCAGUCCUUUCUGCAAAUGAAGAGCCUGGCGCCCCCUCCUGGUCAGGCCGCUCCUGACCUUGACGCCAUGGACAUGAACGCCGAAUGUUUUUUUUCUCCACGCUACACCAAGAAGCACAAGACCAAACAGCUUACCGCACGUAUCCUGGAGGCCCAUCAGAACAUAGCGCGGCUGUCCCUAAUGGAGGCCAAGAUGCGCUUCAUCCAGGCCUGGCAGUCGCUUCCAGAGUUCGGUAUCAACUACUACAUUGUCAGAUUCAAAGGCAGUAAGAAGGAUGAGAUUCUGGGAAUCUCAUACAACCGUCUGAUUCGUCUUGACAUGUCCUCUUUUCUGCCCGUCACCACAUGGAGGUUCGCCAACAUGAAGCAGUGGAACGUUAACUGGGAGAUAAGACAGGUGACCAUAGAGUUCGACCAGAAUGUGUCAAUAGCCUUCUGCUGUUUGAGCUGUGACUGCAAGGUGGUCCAUGAGUUCAUUGGCGGUUACAUCUUCCUCUCCACAAGAUCUAAAGACCAGAAUGAGACGCUAGACGAAGAACUGUUCCAUAAACUAACUGGAGGCCAAGAAUGAGGAAAGAUACGAGCCUGUGCUUCUUUUAGUUCAUCUGUUGUUUAUUUACGUGUGUUACAAUGUGAAUGUACAGCAUUCAUCUACUGUAGCAAUGGUAACCCUAAACACUGAGCAAAUCGCUGCCAAAGACAAUGUAAUACUGUAUACUGUAAGUUUAACAUUUUCACUCACAGAAUAGCAUCAUUUUUUGUCAUCUAUUCAGCUGUGAAGUUAUAGCAAUGUACCCUAAACUAGAAAAAUAGUGGCGAUGUAAAUAUGUUGUCAAGCUUCUCUCAAAACGUGGAUGCAUUGUUAUUUGUAAGAAUUAAGCUUCUUUUUUUUUUUAGAUGAAGAAAUGUCCUUGUUUCAGACAGAAAAACAUUUUGUAAAAAAGGUUCAUGGUAGGC